UGUGAAUGUCAAUUGACAAAAACAACAUUUGAAUGAUUGCUUCUUACUUUCGCGCCAAGCGUAUAUAGGUUUGAGGCUUCGGUGUUCGCCAAUGGAGUUCUCCCGCCGAAGCCGGCUGCGACCGGAAACGCAGUUCAACCUAGAUUCCGUACUCGAGUGGCUAAUCCCGCACAAUGUAGCCCUGUACGUAAUACCACCGAUGGUCGAUCUGACCAUUUCCGAGUUCGAGUCGCUGGCGUUGGAGCGUCUGAAGGUUUUGCGUGUGCUGGAACAGACGGCUGCCAAAAAUCUAAAACCGAUGUCGGACGAAUGGCGGGAAGCUAUUUUCAACGAGCUGAACAACGAUGGGCUGAAGCACUACGUGAGGCUAUGCCAGGGGAACCAUUCGAAGGAGCAGGACAUCGCCGCCCGAAGGAAGGAUUAUUUGUCGCAUUUUAUUCUGCGAUUUGUGUAUUGUCGCUCGGAAGAGUUGAGAAGAUGGUUUAUUUCGCGAGAAAUGGAAUUGUUUCGCUUGAAGUUCGGUGGUCUUUCUGCGCAGGACGUGAAAGAUUUCAUUCAAAAGUAUGAAAUGAGUUAUACGCCACUCACACCGGAGCAGAAGAACGAAAUUAAGGAUGGACUUUACGAAAGUACCGUUUAUCAGAGUAUCGUUCAGAUUGAGGCGAUGGAUUUCUACCAAGUACGUUUCACUGACGUGCUAGAUUUGGUUCGUGGUCGGAAGUGCUACCUGAAGGGCGGAUUUGCGUAUGUUUGUGCAAAUGAUUUUAUUUCGAUUAUCGCAAACAAACACCUACAACUGCUGGAAGAUGGUUUGCAAGCUCAUCUCCGAUUGCUACCUGAGCUGGAGAACGACGAAAGAUUUUCUGUUAUGCUUAAAGGUCUUCAUACUUCGUAUACCGGGAAAGACUACACUAUUUCGAAAGCUGGAGCCGUUCCGAUCGAAAGUUUAGAUCAACUUUCGAAAAAAUCCUACCCGCUUUGUAUGCGUUACUGUCACGACACUUUACGAGCUAAACAUCAUUUGAAGUACGGAGGUCGACUCCAGUAUGGAUUGUUUUUGAAAGGUAUUGGAGUAACUAUGGAAGAUUCGCUACGUUUCUGGCGAGAAGAGCUCACGCGUGGGACCAUUCCUAUAGAGAAGUUCGAGAAAGAGUACGCUUACGGUAUUCGGUUCAAUUACGGCAAGGAAGGUUCUCGAAUCAACUAUUCUCCGUAUUCUUGCAUGAAAAUCAUCACGGCAAGCGUUGGACCACAGGAAACCCAUGGUUGUCCGUUCAAAAUCUGGGACUCGAGUACGGUGAAAACAAAAUUAACUUCCUACGGUUUGAGUGUAGCCCAUGCGGAAGAAAUCGUUAGUUACGUGAGCAAGGGCCACUACCAGAUAGCUUGCGGAAAGUAUCACGAAGCAGUUCAUCAGAAUAAACUAGAUGAAGGAAUCCUCCAUCCAAACCAGUACUUCGAACUCAGUCAGAUCACGAUGGGAGCGCGGGCUCCAAAGGCAAAACCAUCGGCGGGAAGCAACCGUAGGACGUUCAACAGUCAAGAUUCUUCGCAGAUCGGUCGCAGUCAAGAUACGACCACACUGAACGCUGACGACGACGGGGAGCUGUGGCAGCUGAUGGAGAGUAAGGAGAAGGAUUCGAACGAAAGCGAGAAACCAGGAAGUUUGUUGCUGAUCAAAGAGUCUAAAACGCAAACCAAGAGUCAGCGUCCAGCUGAGGCCGCUAACGAGUGGGGCGACGAUGAUGAUUUUGAUGUCAGCCUUGUAGAUAUGGAAUAAGUUUUUUUUGUCUUUUUUAUAUAACAAA